CAACCCCAUAGCUUCAUAACAAUCCCAGAAAACUUAGUUUUAUCUGUUGAUAAAAAAAAUGAGGUCGAGAACACAAUACCCAAUGAACACCAAGCUUCUUGUCAUUGCCAUCAUUGUCGUCUUCUUUCUUCUCUUUGUAUUUCGAUCAACAUUUUCAUCUUCCAAUGAUCAAGGUUCAUCUCAAAUUGCGCAAAAAGUCGUUCCAAAAGCAGUUUCAGAUUCUUUCAGAAACAUUCAAAAGUCGCCAAAAUGUUCAGAAACCUGCAACAAAAUCCCACCUUCAUUAGCUCAAGCCUUAGUACACUACUCAACCUCCACCAUCACCCCACAACAAACCAUCAAAGAAAUAUCGGUAACCAAAAAGAUCUUAGACAUGAAAUCACCUUGCAACUUUCUAGUCUUUGGGCUAGGGCACGAUAGCUUAAUGUGGAGCUCUUUGAACUUCAAUGGCCGAACAGUCUUUCUUGAAGAAGACAAAGCAUGGAUCGAGCAAAUCAAGAAAAGAUUUCCCAUGUUGGAAUCUUAUCAUGUAACGUAUGACAGUAAGGUGAACCAAGCAGAUGGCCUUAUGGAAGCCGGAAAAGGGCCGGAGUGCACGGCGGUGGGUGAAACCAGGCACUCGGUUUGUCAACUAGCGCUGAAGAAUUUGCCGGAGGAUGUUUAUGAGACGACGUGGGACUUGAUCAUGGUGGAUGCGCCGACGGGGUACUAUGAUGAGGCACCAGGGCGGAUGAGUGCGAUUUAUACGGCGGGGAUGAUGGCGAGGAACAGGGCGGAGGGAGAGACCGAUGUUUUUGUGCAUGAUGUGAACAGGGUUGUUGAAGAUAAGUUUUCUAAUGCGUUUUUGUGUGAAGGGUAUAUGAAGAAACAAGAGGGGAGAUUGAGGCACUUCGGAAUUCCCAGCCAUAGAGAUGAACCUAACAAGCCUUUUUGUCCUUGAGAUUUGAUUUUGAAAUAUUGAUUAUUGAUUUCUUUUCAAUUGGCUCUUGAUUCUUGUUAUAAGAAUCUUGGAUUUUUCUUUUUGAGCAUGUAAAAUAAAUGACAAAAAUAACGAGUAUUAGAUUAAAUUUUUACA